GGUGGUACUAAUCCCUCCCAACAUCUCACGCUCCCUGCCGCGCUGCUGUGCCAACCAAUUUGGGCCAGGCCCGUGAGAGCUCCCAACUCCCGUCACGAACGGCUAUUGGGCCGGGCCCGCAGAGGCAGCGCGAGAAAAAUCCGAGAAAAAGAACAUUUUCCUGGACUUGAGGCCCCACCUGCAGUGUCACAGUAACCUCCACCUAGUCACCGCCCCCAGUGAGGACGUCUAGUGGGCCCGAGCACAGAGCCAUGGCCCUCGCCCUCGCGACGACCUCGCUCGCGCCCCUCGCCCUGCCCCCGCCUCCGAUCUCCGGCUCCCAGUCCUCGUUGCUGCACCUCCCGCACCGCGCCUCUCCCGUGCCCAUCUCCAUCCCCCUCCGGUCCCGCCUCCUCGCGGCCGUCGCGACCAAGGAGCCCGAGCUCGGGGGCGGCGGCGGAUCGGAAGGCGGUGAGGGUGCAGGCGGCGGCGGCGGCGGCGACAGCGAUCCGCGGGGAGGUGGUCAGGAGGGGGGAGGAGAGGAGGAGGGUGACAAGAUGGGGGAGGGGUUGUCCAUGUCGCAGAAGCUCACCCUCGCCUACGCCGCACUCGUCGGAGCUGGUGGCAUAAUGGGGUACAUGAAGAGUGGAAGCCAGAAGUCCUUAGCCGCAGGAGGUAUAUCAGCCCUGGUCCUGUACUUCGUCCACACUCAACUCCCAGUUAGGCCCGUCUUUGCAUCGUCAAUUGGUUUAGGUAUAUCUGGUGCACUGCUGUCAGUGAUGGGAUCUCGCUUCAAGAAGUCCGGGAAGAUAUUCCCAGCCGGUGUUGUGUCUCUUGUAUCCCUGGUCAUGGUCGGAGGAUACUUCCAUGGGAUCCUGCGUAGCUCGCAUGCGUGAUGCAAUCAGGGGCAGUCACCAUAUGCACUCCCUAACUUUAUCAUCUUUCUGCUUGAUGCACUUUUGCAUCCCUUUGGUGUUUUAGAACUUGAAAGAACCGUUAUCCUUCUUGGUGGACGUUUUAGUUUUUUACUCGGUGCCAAGUUUAGUUCAUGCUAUGUUAUGAGACAGUGUGGGUAAAAUCAUGUGAGCUAUUAUCGUCGGAGAAUAAACAUUUGGGGAAUCAUAUCUGUAAUCUCGAUGCAGAUUUUAUAGCAGCAUAGACUGUUGCGGUUGGAUUGA